UUCAUUCAACCAUUAAUUUCAUUUUGAUUCUAGUUAAACCAUUUUGUUAGGUUUUCUUCAAUUUCACUGAAUUAUGCGUUGUUGAAUUUAUCUGACUAUGUAUAACUAUUGUCUUAGUGCGUGUUUGGAAUGAUAUUGAAUUUGACGAAAUCAUGGUGACAUCGUAAUUUUGUUGAAGCUCCAAGGUGUGGCUUUUGAUGAAAUUAAUGUGGUUCACUGUGAUUCUGCUGAACUCACUGCCAAUCAAUACAUACUUUGUUUGCUUUACAGUAGAAUCUAGUUAUUACACCCAAGAGCGCUUAGAUAAGAUAACACGGCUAUCUUCUAGCUUAACCAAGGUCCUGGUUUCGAAUCCAGCCUUGGGCAUGCAGCAGCUUUAAAACUCUUAGGGAUCGAGAGAUUAGUCUCCGUAGUUGCGUGUACUGUUACAACCUAGUGGUUUGACUUUGAGGAUGUUUUAUGUGGAACCCCGAAUUCUAACCCAGAUCACCACAUUUCCCCUCCCCGUGUGCGUCUGUGUUUAUUUGAGUACGUGUUGGUCACUAAACCAAUAGUAAGUUACAUAAUCAUUGUUUUACCGGCAACAAGUUGUUUAUCCAUAAUAAUUUUAUUUUUAUAUUGAUUGAGUUAUCUAUUGUCUUUCCUUGUCAAGGACUUUAUUUCUGCAUUGGUGAAUUGCACCAACUGUUUCACAUUUUAGUCUUAAAUGGUAUUCUUUGGAUAAAUUGUUAUAGCUACUUAAACGUGGUGAUUGUUUGAAAUUAGUCAAACUGUUCAGCACGGUAUAUAAUUUCCCUUUGACAUAUCGGUUUAUUUGCUUGUGAAAUUGUUUAUAGAUACUGUUUUGAAAAGGUUAAAUAGCCACUCGUGGGAGCAGUUGUUAAAGCCUCAAGCCAAGUAUUCAUUAUGCAGAGUGUGAGGGUGUGUGUUGAGAACCCACAUCAACUAGCUCAAAUUUAAGAUAGAAAAAUAAAAACUAUGAAUAAACUUUCCAUAUAAUGCACCAUAUUGUAUGAUGAACCAACAUUAGAUGUAAAUUCAGUUUUUUCUUGUUUAACUGAAUUGUGACCAAGUACGUUUCAUUGGAUCAAACUGCUACUCAAACCAACCACUUUGAACUAGUGAUUGGUUUGACAGGUCGUUUUCAAAAUUCAUAUGGUUUAUUUGUCUUUGCUACUGCUGACUUUCUGCAUUCUGUUUACCAAAACCGUCUCAGUUCUUUAUGAUGUUUGUUCAGGAACUUUGAAAAAAAACAUGUCUGUAGCUAUAACUAAUAAUUACUUUUUCCUAUGUAUAACAUCUGAGGCUUGUUGCUGGCAUCUGAUUGGUUUUUAAGGCCUUGAAAAUGGAAAUGAUGGUGAAAAAGUUUCAGUCAAAAUUCAAUAAAGUUAGGGAAGAAAUGAAUCAGUGGGAUGAGCUUCAAUCUCGCUUAAUUUCACAGUUUAGGAAUGCUUCCCAUAUUGUGGAUAGGUUGCAGGUGCUUCAAAAAUCCAGCAAUUAUGGUAUUCUAAAUUGUGUCGGAGCUGUGAGUGAUGUUCUUUUGCAAAAGCAGAUUGAUUCUUUGAAUACCAUUUCGUUUUCCAUGAGAAAGACAUUAGAGGAAUUUCACUGUAUUGUCUUAUCUCUUGAAAAAAUGCAUCGUGAUGGUAGACAACUAGUUAAAGGCAGUUCUUCUCGCCCAACCAUGAAACAACUGCAGCAGCGUGUUGGUGUCAAACCUACACUUAUUGAUUGCUUGGAUGGCCUGUCGUUUCUACAUGAAAUAUACUACUCAGAGUAUUUAUUAAAAACAUCAAUUGUAUCAGCACUAUCAUCAAUGGCCUUAAUACCCAGCAAUGCUAGUGAUCUUGGUGCACUACAGCAGCUCUUAGUUGAUCAACCCAAUAUCCUUACCGAGGAAGUUCAAUCUUUGUUUGAUACAAUAUUUGCUGAAGAUCUGUGAUGAUAUCCUCUAAUGUGGUAUGUUUAUACUACGGAAUGCUUGAUGCAGAUUAGAUUAUGACAAUUUUUUAUUUUUAUUGAUAAUAAUUUAUAUAUUUCACAAUUGUUCUUUAGGGAAAAGUUACUUUUUUUUUUUUUUUUUGAGGAAGUCGUUCAAUUUACUAUCUGAUGUACUUUUUGUUAAGUAAGUCUUCAAUUUUGGGUGUAUAUAUUACAUUGGAAUUUAUAUAUCAGUA